AAAUAUCUAAAAUUUUUUUACAAACCGGUCAAAAACUGUUAAACCGAAACACUUAUUUAAGCGUUGUCAAAAAAUUAGUUCCAAAAUGCUACGAGCUUUUCGAUCAAUGAGCUUCCAAUGCAGACAUCAUCUAAAACGAAGAUGUCUUUCUACCCUACACAAUACUGAAAAAGAUUUGAAAUCAGAAGAGGUCGAAGAAAUACCAGCAAAUAGGCAAAGGGUUGUGCUACCAAAACCAGAGGAAAAACUAAGCAAACGCUAUCUGGAGUUCCGGGAAAAGCUGCGAUCGGAGGCGCCGCUGGAAACCCUGCCCGAGUGCGCACCACAUCCGGCCCACGAAAAGGAGCCCCUGAAGCCCUGGCCCAACAGCACCAAUCCGCAUACGGGGGAAAUCGGAGGACAGGCGGGUCCAGAACCCACGCGAUAUGGCGACUGGGAGCGCAAGGGACGGGUCACGGACUUCUAGAGGAAUCGGAAUCAAAUCUUCACCUCGACACCUUUGUUUGGACAAUUCUGAUUUAUUAGCCGUGUUAACAACAGAAGCACUCACCAUUUGUCACACUCCCGAUGACGAU